UUGGCAUCUGCGAACGUCAAUCGCAUGACAUCAUCCCAAAAAAUGUAAUUCAACGUGCAUUGGAAGAAAAUCAAAUAGUUAAAGAAGUUCAUCUGAGCGCUGAGAAUAGUUUGCUGUUUUUCGUUGUCGUACAGUUCUCAUUUGAUGUUUUCUGUUCGCUGCUGCGAAGACAAAGAAGAAUCUGCCGUGACCAACGUUUUUGCGAGCUGAUCGAUCCAACCGCAGAGCAAUUGGAGGAAAGCGAUGCGUAUUUUGUUUGGACGUCGGACGUGGACCAACAAAAAGUAGAGAUUGUUAAAUGGCAACAAAUACAGACGACGAUGGUGUCGCUAUUCUAAUCUGUGACGAUAGCUACGUUCAACAGAUCAGUAACAACAAUAAUAUCAACGACACCGAAGUAGAUAGAACAGAACAAAUGAGUACAAAUCCGACACCGCCACCCUUACACAAUCAACCUCCAGCGAUGGGAAUCAACAUCAGUAACAAUAGUAGUACCGGUAGUGGCAGUAGGGUAGUGAUUAGUGUAGAUGUGCUCCAGGAGCGUUAUCAGCCGCCGAGCGGCAGUAGAAAUGCCACAGCUAGUAGUGUAGUUAUUCUUCACGGCAGCACGACUGGAACCCGCCGGGGUGAGCCGCCUAGCUAUGACGAAGCAAUCAAUCCGGAAACACCGCCACCGUCCUAUGACUCGCUAUUCGGGCGAGUGCGCGAAGCGCAUAAAUCUUCAACCGGGAUAUUGGAUUUCCUGAAAAAUGUUGUCAUACUUCUGUUGGGAACACUUGGGUGCACAAUUAUCCUCGGAAUCACGAUCGUCAUCCCGGUUACCAUGAUCGUGUUCGGUUCAAUUUAUCUCUACGACUGUCCACAGGGAGAAUACAUUCCAGUCUUCCUGCUAGUCGGGGGCGGCUUUGGGGUGCUGAAACAGCUGCUCCAUCUCUCAACGCGGGUUCGGAGCCGAGAGGAGCAAGAGCUGGAACGGCUCAGGCAAUCGCCAACACAAACCCUGAUCAACUGUUUCAUGCUAGGGUGGUUCAUUAUCGGCUCGUUCUGGAUCUAUAAGAUUUACGAGCCCAACUACGAUCCGUCAUACGGUAAAUACUGUAACAAGUCGCUGUACCUGUUCACGUUUUGGUUGAUCACGUCCGUGUAUAUUAUGCUGGGUAUCGUGACCGUGGUGCUGUGUGGAGUGAGCAUUAUCAGCAUUGCAAUCCACCGGAGAACAUAACAGUUCAAUUUGCUGUUUGGGGUUUAAUUCGGUUGUGUGGAUUGAACCCUACUGAAACACUGAAUUGACCAGCUGCUGGAGAAGCCAGAAAGGAUCGGGAUUGUUGGAGAGAGAAACGGAAUGAUUUGCUUUUUGCUGUGCAUUGGAUGUAUUUUUUUAGGUAGAUAUCAUAGAGAUAUCUGGAGUUUUUUAAAUCUCCCAAAAUUUCAGGAGGUAAGAGCUGCUAUUUUACGACACUUUAGAAGUACUGUUUAAUACAUCUUCUAGAUAUGGGUGUUUAUUAAGAAUCUAGAUAAAGAAAAAGUAAAAAUUACAAACAAAACGCGUAAUACCAAAAAUAUAUUUAAAAAAAAUCACGAUCUGAGUACUUUGUAUUUGCCGCUUGUACAAUCGAGGAACGCAGAGUUACUCAGCUUAAAUGUGCCAUACACGCGAACAUUCGUCCUACGAAUCGUAAGUUUUAGGACCCAUCUAUUUCUACUGUAGCUUAGUGAUGCAGCUCUCUGCCAUAGAGUCGAUAUAUAUAUUUUUCAAACUGACUGAAUUACUAGCCCAACUAGUUUGAUCGCACACGAUCUCAUCUUUUAAUUGAUCAUUCUGCUGUUGUAAACAAACAAAAAAAAUGAAAUCAAAUUAGUUGUUAAGGACCAAAAACCAAAACACGGAACGGAUGUUUGCGCCACUUACGAUUAUACUAUUUCUACAUUGGCCCUGCCCGGUCAUAUUCUGGUGCUGGCGGCUUCGGAUGCGGAUCUGGACUGAAUAAUUGAUUGAUUCUCUUAUAGAGGACGAACGCAGAGUUGUGGAGAGACUUUCUUGCUUUUUCAGAGAUAAUUGAACAUUGAGUUCUUGCCGACAGGGUCCAACAUUUUCGAAGACGAUACAUGAAAAUUGACUUUCCUCUCAGUUAGUGAUUGCAUUACUGUGCUCAAAUUUCGAUAGCCGUUUAUUCGGUAAUGAACCGGUAAAUUACCGGUAAAAACAUACUUUAAAAUAAACAAUUUUCUUGAAGAAACGGCUUUUAUUUAUGAUGAAAAUUUUUGCUGGUUAAAGUAAUACUUAAGGACAUAGAGAAUGGUAACUUUGUCGUCUUCUAAUCUAGAUCGGAUCUCAUUAACAAAGUUUCCUGAAGAUGAAAACGCCCUUCAAAGUCCAAUUAUACUGAUUAGAAGAGUAUCGAAUGCUAUUGUCAUGUAUUUGCCUCUGAUGCUCUCUGUACGAAAACUCUUGCCCGUGGAUUUUCAUCAAUCCGUUUAUAGACGUUGAGAUUGGGCUGGACGUUGAUACCUUUGAUUGUUUGAAUCGUCGUUCAGGAAAAUUUGGAAAAUCGAAAUUUUGUUUUCGAUGCCAAAUGUCUUAAAAAUGCAUAAAACGUCGAGAUCUGGGGUGGCAUUGCGCAUUUCGAAACGAGUAACUCGUUUCGAGUAAAUUCGAACUCAAAUCGAAAUGGUUUUAGUAUUAUGUAUAUUUUUCAUGUUCAUAUUUUCUGUGUACUAGAUUUAGAGCAAAAUUUGUCUCGUAAAGAAAUGUAAAAUUUUUGGGUUCGUAAGCAAAGCUGCUCAAAUGUAUGUCAAAAAGGUCGAAACGAACAAAAAUCACUCGUUUGGAAAUGCGCAAUGUCACCCCUGGUGUUAUCUCGAAAAAAAAUUUUGACCGAAAAUCGACUUUUUGGGUCUUAGCCUGAGAGGCCAAAGCAUCAAAACUUUGAGUGCUUUGAGACACCCCUAAAUCAUGUCCGAUCGAGAAACUUUGCACAGGUCAUUUUUUGUGCCAAUAAACGAAUUGUACGUGGUCGGUUUUUGAAAUUCGAUAAUUUUUUUUUUCAUACCUUCAAAGAAGGUCGAUUUUCUCUCAAUUUUUUUUCGAGAUAACACCAGAUCUCGACGUUUCACGCAUUUUUAAGUCAUUUGACAUCGAAAAUUUUUUGACGUAGGACUACGUCUUUCAUUUCUAUACCGGGGUGUAAAAUCAAAGUUUCGAAAACGAAAGCGUUACGCCGGAGACCGAGAUUUUGAGCGUUAAUAGCUCCUAAACAACUGAACGAAAUGGUUUGAUAAACACUUCAUUCGAAAGAUAAAAUGUCUACGCGUUAUAUACUUGUUACUUUUUCAUCCAAAAACUUAUUUCAAUAGUCUUAAAAUCGCUUUCAAAACAGGCUAUUGAAAUCACCAAUCGUUAUAUAAGCGAGCGCCGCUCGUAAAUCCACUCAGUUAUAAUUGAACUGCGAAUGGAACAUGUUGUCGCUGUUGUGAUGAAGCUAACUUCGUUUAUCAUGAAAGCGCUGAUGAACGGUGUCACCAAGAGCCUGUUUGUGCACCUUAGGCCAGAAGGGAAUCCAUCAGGAGGAGAGUGAUGCCACGGUUCCGCUUGAAACAUCGGAGCAGCCACCACACAUACAUACACGCGCGGAACCCUCGUUGCUAUCAUCGUUGCUGAAAAAUAAUCUACCAACUCCCCUGGGAAUUGAAAAAUACAUUCAUGCGAAAGAGUUUAUUUUAAUGUUUUCUAUCCAUACAAAGCUGCAACUAAAUACAUUUGGUUUUGUGAUUUUUCAAUCAAGUGUAAUUAGCUGGAAAGCUUCUGAAGAUUAUUCUUCCCCAUCAGUAGGAUAUUUUCGUAUCCGAUAUUGUAUGCGCGUGCAACGGAAAAUGUUUCGUAUCGCGAAAAUUAUAUAAUUUUUAAUCGAUUAUUGCUCAGUCGCCGAAAUUUUCAUACUCAGAGUGUUCAUUCCCCUCGAGUUUGCCUUCCAAAUUGCCAUCGUAAACCACCCCUUCUCUUGAUUCAAUCACUGACAAAAAGCAUACUUAAGCGAUAUUCUGGUGGUGAAACCAAUUCAUUUUUCAUGAGGACAUCGACAAGACAACAUCGUUACUGAACGAGCUGAACGUGCUGGACGAGCUGGACGGCGAGGGAUCGAGGGAUUCAUUACCCGGCCUGACCUGACCUGAAAUACAAUCAGUUUGUUUUGACUGUGAGGGAGCGCAGAAAAGCCGAUCGAUCAGAAGGAGAAGAGAAGGUGACCAAGAGAGUAUCAGCAUCGAAAAACGGUUCCCCGGGAAGAGAUCGAAGCACCCGCCACACACACACACAUACACGCGCGCAACUUGUUCGUUUGCUGGUUAUCGAGAAGAAACCUGAAAAGAAGUGAUCGUUGUUGAAAAAUAAUCUGCCAGUUCCCCUUGGAAUUGAAAAUUACAUUCAAGCGAGUUUAUUUUAAUGUUUUCUAUCCAUAUAAUACUGCGACCACAUACAUUUGGUUUUGUGAUUUGUCAAUCAAGUGCAGUUAGCAGGAAAGCUUCUGAAGAUUAUUCUUCAGAACAAGGUUUUUUGUACCAAUAUUGGAUGCAUAAAACCUUGAGCCUCCAACGUAACACUCUCGUUUUUGAAGUCACCCAAAUAUUUAUUUAUUCAUUCAUUCAGGAUGGAUUUAGAUUCAACUUCAAACAAAUGAUCUCUAAAUCAACGAUAGUCCUACGUCACCCUUGCGGUUAUACCAUAGAUAUAACCCACUUCCUGUUUUUUUUCCAAAUUUCCUUUAGGGGCUGUCUACAUACCACGUGGACAGAAAAAAGCACGAUUUUAUACUCCCCCCUCCCCCUCCGUGGACAAUCGUGGACAUUUUCACACCCCUCCCCCUGUUGUCCACGUAGACAUUUUUGCUUAUUUAAUUCGUAUAAUUGAGGAAAUAACUGGAUUACAUUAAAUUUAAAUUCCAUUUAAGUUUUUUUUUUCAAAUUUUACUAACUGUACCCUGCCACGCUUUGGCUAUCUAGGAUUCCAACACGCAAACGCGCAAUAUACAGUUGAACAAUUCGCACUCGAAUCUACAUCACACAAUUCCAAAGAUUGAUCUUGAGCAACGCCAAUCGAAUAAAAUUAAAUGGAUUUAAAAUCAUUAUCGGAUACAAUUUUAGUUCACGAUUUUUUGAACACUUGCAAAAAAAAUGUUUUGCUACCACAUAGAAAACGUAUUCAAUAUUAGAAAAUUGCUCACAGCUUUCCUUCAGAAGUGUGUUUAUUCCAUCUGAAAAUCUUAAAGCAUUUUGAGGGGUUGGCAGUAGCAACAACAAUCCUUGAAGUGGAUUUUAUAUUGUGUCAUAAUAUGAGCUUCAUCAGUGGCGAAUUUUUCGAGUUUAUGAAGCGCACAAAAAACAAACAGAACAAUUGUAUAUGCAAAGAUUGUUUUUAUCAAUUAAAAAGAAAGAAAGAAGAAUUUCAAGAAAAGAAAAGAUGGAUGCACUGGUCUCUAUGCACUGAUAUCUAAAGAUCUUCAUUUGAUAAAGGAUUGAGGAGUAAAGGGUCGAAAUUUCUAAGCGAUUUCGAAACGCCUGUACUUUCUAUAUAAAUCAUGACAUGAAGACAAAAAAAUCAGCAUAUUCAAACUACAAAUUUCUGGUUUAUGGAUAUCGUACGUACAUAUUUUAAUUUAAUGUGUAUAUACGUUGUAGACGAAAGACAUUGCAAGAAAAGAUAAAACGUUUGCUUUCAAAGUUUCUAUAAAUUUUAAAAAUAUAUUCACAAUAACAAUCCAAUGAACCUGAUUGUUUCGUUUCAUUUGAUUCAUAGAAAGUUUCAGUAGAACUGUUUUCUACAGAGGUAUUCUCUAUCGAAUGAUCCGUUUAUCCUUUAAUUUUGAAUCAUGAAUUAUUCAUGAAAUAAUGAACGCACCGCAAAUCGAUGGUCAAAUCUGCCCACUGCAAACUUGAAAAUAUUCUAUACAAGGUCCAGUUGUUGCUUUGACAAAUGCAUUAUUUUAUAACAGAGUUAUAGCGUUUCAAAAAUCAUUAAACAUUUUCGAUGUCGCAUUUUGAUCCUCUAUUUUUUUGUCGAGUGUAGUGUUUUUUGCCCACUCCGGGGUACGAUUCGUCACAGGAAAUGUCGAUUUAUUUACACAUUCGCUUCACUUUAAGUCAUCAGCGCAAUGCGAAACCUUUUCCGCAAUAGUUCCGGGAAAUUUCAGAAGGUACUAAUAGCGUAUUAGAAAUAUUUUCAAUGUAUAUUUGCGUAACCUCAGAUAACCUAAUAAAAAACAAAACCUUCUAAAAUGCAAGAAUAUGUAAACUUUCUUACAGUAUUACUUUGAUAAAGGAACACACAUUGUGAUGUAGGAAAAAAACCAUUGGAUUGAACCUCCUACAGGAUCAUAAAUGUAGGUUUUCGUUUGACGAUUUUUCGGUUUUUUGUCAUUUUCCGGAAAACAAAAGCACGGAAAAAAAGACGGGUGGGUAAUGUCGGGGACAUAACCGGAGUGACGUAGGACUAUACAAAGGGGACAGCUUUUGUUAAAUAUAUAUUUUAAAUAUAUUGUUUUAUUUUCUUCUCCUACGUGAAUACCUACCUAUGUACCUGAAAAAUGGAUUAGUUUACUGUUUACUCUUUAUGAACAUGUUGGUGGUUCUGAAAAGAACCUUUGGCGUUGUGUUUUUGCGUUUUUUAUGAAGGCUCACCACCUAGCCCCGUACAUGGAAUACAUCUUUACAUUGUCUUUGAUCCCCAUGUACGUCCAUCACGACCAUUUGUUUUAGAAAGCAUUGAACUGUAUUUCCUAAACUCUUUUUUGGAAGGUUUAAUGGCCCUGAAAAGCGCCUUGUUUUAUGGAAUGGUUCCAAUUUAGAAAACUUUGUACUCGUGGUUUUGAAAAAAACCAUUUCGAACGCCCUCGAUGCCGCCUUGUUCUGGAUUUGCCACCAAAGCAGUUUGUAUAAAGAACAAACUUUUUUCUUAUGCUACCCGAUGCCGUUUUUCUAUUGCGUUUGCCACUCGCCACUCGCUGCAACUGCCUGUUGUCUUGAUGUCCACCGAACCGAAUGUGUUCUGUUCCGAAUGCGGGGUUUCUUAUCGUCGCGAGCAGCUUUGCCAGCUAACUCGAUCACUUCGGCGGCCGAAACUAUAUAACGCCGGCUCGGACUAGCUACCCUUGCGGGAAACUCCAGACCAACACGGUUCGAGCGGGAUUUUGCCUUUCCCUUCACUUUUCCUCCUUUGCCAUGUCCAGACAUGGCUGCUUGGGUUGGUUUAUUGAUGUGUUGUGAUGCGAACUGAUGUGGUGUACGGUUUGAAUGAGAAUGAUCGUUACGGCAGCGGAGCGGGGAUUUUUAAGCUGACUGGCUGGCUCGAGAAUUACGCAUGUGUGAGACUGCGACCAAUGUUUCGUUCAUAUUUUUUCUUUUUCCUUUCCAAUCGUGCUUCAUUCUAUUUCGCUGCUGCUCUGGUUGCCCGUUUUGGUCGGUACGAUUUGAGGAGCACAAAAUGGACCAAUCAAAAAUGGGCACAUAGUGCAUUUUGACAAUGCUUGAUAUUUCACAAUUAUUCAAUUAUUUAUCUCAAGAAAAAUGAAAUGUUAUUCGUUAUGAUAGAUGCGUAGAUAUUUCCUAUCAAUUGAUGCAAAAACCUUUGCGAUCUAUUGAGAAAUGCUCGAGUUAUAAGCGUUCCAAAUCUUGCAUUUUUUCCUACUUGUUCAGUGCCUAGAUUUCCAUUUCACCCCCUAUAUCUUCCGGUUAGACGUAGUCCUACAUCAAAAAACGAGUGGAUAAUGUCGGAGACAUAACUGGAGAGACGUAGGACUACACCAAUGGGUGUCCAUUAUUCAAAUAUGGUGGAGCACAGAUCGCAGAAUGACCAACUUUUCAUGUACAAAAUUACAGAAAAAAUCAAAGGAUAAAAUAAAACCUCAGCACUCAACAAACACUCAAAAGUUUAGAUUCAAAUACGAAAAAAUCAAAAUUUGUCGUGCAAAUGUCGUGCGGUCUUUCCAUCAUUGAUUCCGAUAAAAAACUGCAGGGAAAACGAUUCGAGAAGCUUUUUACUAUUGAUUAUUUUGAUAUUUGACAGAUUUUGGACGUAUCAGUGGAUAUUUUUGGAAAUAGCACAGAAGGGAGCCGAAAGAUAAAGUAUUUCGUUAAAAUCGUAACAGUUCCAUGAAAUUGAUCCGAAUCAAAAUGAAAAUGUCUCAUUCUGUACUAGUAUUUAAAGUUCUGUCAAGAUAACUUUGAACUGUGUUAGUAAAUCCAUUUUUUAAAAUCUUCUAUGACACUUCUCAGCCGUCGUUUAACUAAAUUAAAAAUCACAAACAAUUCAUUUAUUGGAAAAUAUCGACAAUCGUUUUUAAAUUUCAUGUUAAUUGAAUGUUUUAGGAACUACAGGUUAAGUACUAUUAGAGAAUUAGAUUACUAGUCUACAUUUGGAUUUUUUCUGAAAAAUUACUGGAAAAUCAGGGAAUAUCAUGGAAUUUUUUUUUUAUUUUGACUCGACACCCUGUUGAUGAUGCUGCUCCCGAUCUCAAGGACCAAAAACCAAAACACGGAACGGAUGUUUGCGCCACUUACGAUUAUACUAUUUCUACAUUGGCCCUGCCCGGUCAUAUUCUGGUGCUGGCGGCUUCGGAUGCGGAUCUGGACUGAAUAAUUGAUUGAUUCUCUUAUAGGGGACGAACGCAGAGUUGUGGAGAGACUUUCUUGCUUUUCCAGAGAUAAUUGAACAUUGAGUUCUUGCCCAGGGUCCAACAUUUUCGAAGACGAUACAUGAAAAUUGACUUUCCUCUCAGUUAGUGAUUGCAUUACUGUGCUCAAAUUUCGAUAGCCGUUUAUUCGGUAAUGAACCGGUAAAUUACCGGUAAAAACAUACUUUAAAAUAAUCAAUUUUCUUGAAGAAACGGCUUUUAUUUAUGAUGAAAAUUUUUGCUGGUUAAAGUAAUACUUAAGGACAUAGAGAAUGGUAACUUUGUCGUCUUCUAAUCUAGAUCGGAUCUCAUUAACAAAGUUUCCUGAAGAGGAAAACGCCCUUCAAAGUCCAAUUAUGUUGAUUAGAAGAGUAUCGAAUACUAUUGUCAUGUAUUUGCCUCUGAUGCUCUCUGUACGAAAACUCUUGCCCGUGGAUUUUCAUCAAUCCGUUUAUAGACGUUGAGAUUGGGCUGGACGUUGAUACCUUUGAUUGUUUGAAUCGUCGUUCAGGAAAAUUUGGAAAAUCGAAAUUUUGUUUUCGAUGCCAAAUGUCUUAAAAAUGCAUAAAACGUCGAGAUCUGGGGUGGCAUUGCGCAUUUCGAAACGAGUAACUCGUUUCGAGUAAAUUCGAACUCAAAUCGAAAUGGUUUUAGUAUUAUGUAUAUUUUUCAUGUUCAUAUUUUCUGUGUACUAGAUUUAGAGCAAAAUUUGUCUCGUAAAGAAAUGUAAAAUUUUUGGGUUCGUAAGCAAAGCUGCUCAAAUGUAUGUCAAAAAGGUCGAAACGAACAAAAAUCACUCGUUUGGAAAUGCGCAAUGUCACCCCUGGUGUUAUCUCGAAAAAAAAUUUUGACCGAAAAUCGACUUUUUGGGUCUUAGCCUGAGAGGCCAAAGCAUCAAAACUUUGAGUGCUUUGAGACACCCCUAAAUCAUGUCCGAUCGAGCUGAAACUUUGCACAGGUCAUUUUUUGUGUCAAUAAACGAAUUGUACGUGGUCGGUUUUUGAAAUUCGAUAAUUAUUUUUUUUCAUACCUUCAAAGAAGGUCGAUUUUCUCUCAAUUUUUUUUUUCGAGAUAACACCAGAUCUCGACGUUUCACGCAUUUUGAAGUCAUUUGACAUCGAAAAUUUUUUGACGUAGGACUACGUCUUUCAUUUCUAUACCGGGGUGUAAAAUCAAAGUUUCGAAAACGAAAGCGUUACGCCGGAGACCGAGAUUUUGAGCGUUAAUAGCUCCUAAACAACUGAACGAAAUGGUAUGAUAAACACUUCAUUCGAAAGAUAAAGACAUUUUCUUUGACGGAAUAUUCAUCUCGGGAUAGUCUUGUUUAGUCCCAUCAGAAAUCUGGGCCGAUUCAGCGGAUUUUACGGAUGAUUUUACUGGAUUCAACUCCUGCUUGAUGUCAAUCAAUACCUUUAAGCGAGCCGUCCGGUUUUGAUUUCCCGAGGCAUGAGAAUCGUUGGCCUUUCUGACAGUAAGAACAGCUAAAAAUAAACUGUUUUGUGUAUUAAUUGUAUAAUCUGGGUUUGUUUAAAUUUAGCUGUUGGUAUCAGUUUUCGACGAUAUUGUUCUUCCAAGCCAUCGGUAUGCACGAAACAAUCUGGACUGAAGUGAAGCGAGCAAAUGUACAUGUUAGUAUUGCUGUUAGUAUUGCUGUGCGAAGAAUCAAAACCAUUUCAUCCGAAUGGUCACAUCCCUCGGGAAUCGAUGAAAUGAUAAUUUGUGGGAUAUGUUUUCAUAAUUCGAGUUAGACUCGAACCCGGGCAUCAAUGACCGACGGCCUUAUUCUGCGUGGCGUGUGAGGUGAGAUGACAAUUGUCACUUAUGUCACGCGAUUCCACCAGGCGUAUGCCGUGAGAAAUCUCACUUGAAUGAACUCUCACUUUAUUCCCGCUCUCAAAUAUACGUGACGAUUGUCACAUGAACUGGGAUUUCUAGGUGACAAUCGUCGACAUGUCUUGAGGUGUCGACAGUGCAUGAAAACAAAUGAAAAAAGGAAGAGGAAUAAUAAGUGUUUUUUUGGGUCGUAUAGAAUCGAUAGUAAUGGUAUUAUAUGUAUCAAUAAAUUCAAUUUAUCUUCAAUUUUCACAGUACGAAAGACAAAUUGCAAGUAGUUUGUUUUUUUUUGUGAAAGUGGUAGUGAGUCUGUUAUUCCUCAAUUGGACGAAUAAGCACACCGAAAUUAUUUUCAUUUCAUGAAAUCUAUUUAUUUUCUCUAAAAUAUAUCUAUCAUAUGGGUCUUGUGUUUCAUCUAUCUAUCCGCGAGUCAUCGUCACCCAACUGCAUAUCCAUUUCAGAAGCCGUGGUAUAUGCCCGAGCCGGAGCCAGAGCAACAAUUUAACACUGAGAGUGCAGAGAGCAGCAGCAACUACGACCAAAACAAACAAAAAUGCUAAACUUUACAGGAUGCAAUCAACUGUUUCACCAAAUCUAAAUCAAAUACCUGCAAAUUCGGCAGAAUGUCCUGAUACACUAACAACAGGCCAGGUUAAAUCAGAUCUAUAGAUACGGUACUGACUGCAGCAAAACAAAUAUCUGACCUCUCUGAGCGAAACAAAUAAAAUUCUGGGAUGCCAGAUGUUUUUUCUCAAAUAUAUGCGAUAAAAAUCUGAAAUAUUUGUAAAUAUGUGCUAAUGUCUGACAUACUGACCAGCUUCGUUUAUCAUAUGGAAUCAAUAAUGUUUUGUCACUAUUUUAAAUAGCCUGCAGCAGGAAUAAAAGGUUAUGAUAAAAGUUAAAUGUCUACAAAUUCGUGAACACAUGUGCGAAUGUGGCAUCUCUGAUCAGAUUUGGCAACCAGCAGAAUGAACGCCUUGUCACUUGCUGUUCAUCCUCUCACAUACAUCAAAUGAACCUCUCACGGCAUCCGAAACGACUGUAGGAAUAGAGUGAGGAGAGUUGCGUGAUGGUGAUGUGACAAUUGUCAUCUCACCUCACACGCCGCGUAGAAUCAGGCCGCGAAUACUAACGCAUCCGGGUGCCACACAUCGAGCCAUAGAGUUGUCUGAAAAUGAAAAUAUUUUAUAUAUAUUCCUUCGCAGUCGAGCCGCCGUAUAAGGCCAGUUUCAAAAAGCUGCACAGAAACAACACAUCCAGGGUACUAAUUCCGGAAAGCCUUUCACGUUAAUGGUUCAAUAACUACUCUAUCUCACGUAUUGUUCAAUAAUUUAAAAAAAGUAGCAAAACACGUAAUAUUCGCAACAAAAAAAAACACUUGUUAUGAAUUGCUUUGCGGUCGCUACUUUUCGUCAAAGCUAAGAUGUCAUAGUUGAGAGUGUAUAAGUGAAUCGUGUCCUACACACUUCGAGUCCAGGUUACCUUGUCAUAAACGUACCCCGGGCUACAUCAUCAAUGCAUACAGCAAAUGGCCUGAGGUAAUAACAACCAAGCGAAUCGCCACUGAAGUAACGCUUAUCAUGUUGAUGAAAAUCAUCAAUCAUCACAUCUAUUUUCAUGUCUACUUAGUUUUUGUGCAUUAUUCCACAUUAACUAUGUAUUGGAGAUGGGAAUACUCCCAUGGCCAAACCCGUGUUCAUGUCCUAUGAUUUCGCAUCCGUUUCCAGGGUACCAGAAUAAAUGUCUUUUUUUUUUGUGAAUAUGUGCUAUAACAAGACCAACGACAAUUCAUUAAAUAUAAUGUUUUUGCAAACCGUACACUUCGUCAACUAAUCGGCUAAGACAGGCACAAACAAGGAAACAACCAAUAUUUACACGAUGGCCCCACAGGAAAUUAUUUGCUAGUGCAUUUGAGUGUUCUCUCUUUUGUUUCUCACCAGUCUAAAUAUACAUUGUAGGAAUAUAUACAAACGGGCAGGAAAUAUUUUAUAAAAUCACAAAUGUGGCAAUUUACUUUACAUACUAUAUGAGCUAUAUUUAUGGAUGCCUAUAAACGGUGGAAACUUUAACUAUAGGUAAUAAGAAGCUAUGCUGCGCGCACCAUAAAUUGGUGUCGCAGAACCAGAAUACCAAAUCGAAACAUGUUGGUCCACACCGAUUUAUGAACACUAAAAUUGUAUAACCAUCGGACGUAAAUUGAACCUCUUCACAAUUCUUAUAUUCAUAUAUAUUCUCUGCUAUUAUGAAUUUCUCCUGUUAUUAAAG